GACAAAAAGAAUACCUUUUUCUUGAGCAUUAUUCACAAUCUUCACAGUCUUCAUGGCUUCCCUUGUCGACGACCCUCGGGUCGCUCGCCUUGAUCGUUUCUUCCAUGACGUUAUUAACGGACGAAGGAUCCUAUCCUCUGUCCGAGAUGGAAAAACUUUUAUUGAAGCAAUCUGCUCUCAGAAAGAUCCAGCUACAACAGCUUAUAAACUAUUAUCUGGGCCAUCGGGCCUUGAUGCAAUCCAAGCUUCGAUGCGUUUUGACACUACACCAUCGUUCCUCAACGAAACCUCUGUUCUCUUACUUCAAUAUUUACAAUCGCCACUCUUGAAAGCCAUCAACUCCGGAUUAAGUUUAUCAGAGCUUGUUACCGCGAUAGCCGAGCCUCCCUUUUUCUGGGACGGAUUCGUCAAAGCAUUCAAGACUGGGCAACUGAAUGAAGAGGCAUCCUAUUCAUUUGCGUGGCUUUUACUCGAGCUCAUCAGUCGUCCUGGAAAGUCACCAACUACUUAUGUCCUUGUGGCGAAAUCCCCCGGUAUCUUGGAUGCGAUUCUGUCAUCUGCAGACGGAAAAUGUAGAAAUUUGGGUCAGAAAAUCAAUCACACCCUAUCCUUGGAUGCAUCCGACCUUGACAAAGACCUCGACGUUGGGCCCGGUGGAAGACACAAUAACGACCAUGCGAACCACCGAGAAAUUUCAAUCAUGCCCACAGCAGAUGAACUUCUAUCUAAGGAACUGCCAUUUCUACGUACCCCGGACACAUACCUCAAAAAUGCAGAUCCCACUCGACUGGGAAUCCAUAUUGAUAACCAAUUUCGGCUUCUUCGUGAAGACAUGCUGGGCGAAAUUAGGGAUGAGGUUCAGAAGCUCCAAGGCUCGAAAGCGGGAUACCAUCGAGGUCUAACAUUCGACAAUAUUCGAGUGGCGAGCAUACAUAUUAAAGGAGAUAAGUUCCGAGAGCCAUGGGGCCUCAUGUUUCAAUGCCAAGAUGAGCUACCGUCUUUGAAAAAAAUAGAUUCUAAAAAUCAAAGCAAGCGCGUCAAUUAUCUCAAGGAGAACAGGAACAUUCUUAGGCAAGGAACAAUCGGAUGCUUGUUUAUUGAUGGUGAACCUGUCGCCUUUCCAUCUAUCGAUAGAAACGAGGAAGAAUUGGCAAAAAAACCUGCUAACAUUGUUUUGCAAUUUCAAGAUGAGACAACUGUAUCAAGAACUUUGAUAAAACUCAAGGUGGCUCAAAAGGUCAAAUUGGUGCAAAUGGACACAUCAAUCUUCGGCUUUGAACCAUUUCUGAGGCGCCUGCAAGAUAUGAAUGACGUUCCUUUGGCCGAGAAGCUUCUUUCAUGGAGUGAGGACCAGUUCGAUUCUGGACCGCCAUUUCAGCCUUUACAACUGAAAGAUAAGAUAGAAAGAAGUUCUGGGAAAGAUCUAAGUUCUCUUCUCUCGACGGGAAAGUCAAUUAUUCUUGAUGACUCUCAGAUUCAAUCUCUACUUGCUAUCUUGUUCCAAAAAGUCAGUUUGAUUCAAGGGCCCCCAGGCACAGGAAAAUCAUUUAUUGGAGCUCUAGGGGCGAAAAUAAUCCACAACUUCACAUCUGAAAUAAUAUUGGUCGUGUGUUACACAAACCACGCGUUGGACCAAUUCCUCGAAGACCUUAUGGACAUCGGUAUACCACCUUCUGAUAUGAUACGACUUGGCGCAAAGUCCACCCCUCGAACGCAGUCGUUAUCACUUAGCAAACAAGGUUCAUCAAAACUUGAUAACUCCCAAUGGAAUCGGAUCCGCAAACUAGAAGAAAGUCUGCGUCGACACGAGGAGCGAUUGAAGAGUGCUUUCACAAGAUAUUACUCUACUAAUGUGAGUAAGCAACAAAUAUUGGAUUACCUUGAGUUCCUAGAUGAUAUCCCAUUUUACGAUACUUUUCUGGUACCACAAACGACCACGAAUGGUAUGACGAAGGUUGGGAAGAAGGGUAAAGCUGUGGACAAAUUCUACUUACUUGAUAGAUGGACCAGAGGGCAAAUGAAUGCCGGAUCCUUUGAACAUUUACAGCACAAGAACUCGAAACUUGUUUGGGGUAUUAGCCCUGAUCAGAGGGCAAGGAUGCUUUCAAGUUGGAAGUCGGCUGUUACAGAGGAGAUGGUUGCAGAAUUGGAUAAAAUUGGAAAGCAGUUCAAUGCCGAACAGGCAGAGAAAGACAAACUUCUUGGACAAAGAGAUGUAAACAUCAUUAAGUCAAAGAGAAUCAUUGGCUGUACAACUACUGCAGCUGCAAAAUACUCUACCGCGAUUCAAGCAGCAUCUCCUGGAGUCUUGUUGGUUGAGGAAGCUGGAGAGAUUCUUGAAGCUCAUAUCUUUACAGCCUUGGGGAGGAAUACUGAACAGCUGAUCCUCAUCGGAGACCAUAAACAACUUCGUCCGAAGUGCAACACGUACGGCCUCAAAGUUGAACAAGGCGACGGAUACAACCUGGAUAUGUCUUUGUUUGAGAGACUCGUACUUGAUGGUUUCCCACAUGUUACCUUGACAAAACAGCAUCGUUCUCGACCGGAGAUAUCGUCAAUUAUUAGGCAUCUUACUUACCCUGACUUAGUUGAUGCCGAUUCAACAAAAAAUCGGAAAGAUCUCGUCGGGUUUAGAGACAAUCUUAUCUUCGUAGAUCACACGUCUCCGGAACACGAUAUGAAUGUCAGAGAGAUGAGGGAUAAUGUGGAGUCGACAUCUUCCAAAAAGAAUGAUUUUGAAGCCGACAUGAUACUCAAAUGCGUCAAGUACCUUGCUCAACAAGGAUAUGGUUCGGACAAAUUGGUUGUAUUAACCCCCUAUGUAGCUCAGCUUAGAUUGCUGCUCGAUAAACUCGGGAAAGAAAACGAUCCCGUCCUUAACGACUUGGAUAAAUUCGAUCUCAUCCGUGCUGGCCUAUACAUUGACACUGGCGUUAAAGCUUCCAAGCCGUCACUUAGAAUUUCCACUGUUGACAACUACCAAGGUGAGGAAAGCGAUAUAGUCCUCGUUUCUUUAACCAGAAGUAAUUCUAGACACGAUAUUGGCUUCAUGUCGCAGCCUCAACGCCUGAACGUUCUAGUUUCUCGUGCUCGAAAUGCGCUAAUUAUGAUUGGCAACUCUGAAACUUUCAUACAAUCUCGGAAAGGAAAUAUCCUAUGGAAGAAUUUCUUUGACUUAUUGAAAGAUUCAGGCCAUUUCUAUCCUGGUUUUCCUGUAAAAUGUGCGAAUCAUCCUGAUCGAACGGCAACUCUGACAACACCGGAGCACUUCGAAGAACAGUGCUCAGAUGGCGGGUGCAAUGAACCUUGUGGUGCUCUAUUGAAUUGCAAUACUCAUCAUUGCCCUAGCAAAUGUCAUCAAGUUUUCGAUCACUCUAAAAUGCUAUGUAUGGAGGUCUUACAGCAAAAGUGUCCUGAAGGACAUACAAACAAAUCGAAGUGUCAUGAAAAUCUUCCAAUGAAAUCCUGCCCUAAGUGCGAAAGGGAAAAGCAAGAUGCUGCUAAACAGGCAAAGAAAGAAUUAGCUGAGCAGCUGCGACGAGAUGAAAUGCGGCAAAAACAUCAGAAAGAACUUGAAAAUCUCCAGAAAGAGUUGGAUAGGGUACAUCAAGAAAUUCAAGACUCCCAGCUGAGAAAAGAACAGGAUAUAGUUCUAGCACAGAAGAGAAUGGACCUAUCGGCGAUCAAAGAUCGUCUAAAUCAAAUUCAGUCGACACCGAUAGUAAAUAGCUCGGCAUCUACCACCAAGAGUAAAUCGCCGGCUACUGCUGCUGCUUCCCCCAUCAUUCACAGUGGAAUACCUACCAGUACCUCAAAUACUAAUCCUUCGCAACCCCGCGCAGUUCAAGCACAGUCCCCUCAGAAAAGUAAGAAUGUUCCAAAAAAGCUUCAGACGCGAGUUGGCCAGAAAGUUUCGGCAUCCAAGAAAGAUUGGCAACGACAAAAGGACCAGGAGAAUGCAAUAAAUCCAGCCAUAGACAAGAUCAUGGAAAUGAUUGGCCUUGAAGAUGUAAAAUCUCAGGUACUUCGAAUCAAAGCAAAAGUCGAUACUUCAAAGCGCCAAGGGACAAAUCUCAAAAAGGAAAGAUUGGGCUUGAUUUUAUUGGGCAAUCCUGGAACUGGUAAAACAACGGUAGCGAGGCUCUAUGCAAAGAUCCUGACAACACUCCAAGUUCUUCCCGGCGAUGAAUUUGUUGAAACAACUGGGAGUCAUCUUGCGCAUGGCGGGGUAAAUGAUGUCAAAAAGCAUUUAGCCAUUCUUGACAGUGCUCAAGGCGGAGUUUAUUUCAUUGAUGAAGCUUACCAAUUGACAGAAGGUCAUAACGUCGGUGGUAAGACAAUCUUGGACUACCUUCUUACAGAAAUAGAAAAUCUUGUGGGUAAAGUUGUUUUCGUCUUCGCCGGAUAUCGCAAGCAAAUGGAGAAGUUCUUCGAGCACAACCCCGGUCUACAAUCACGCCUACCGUACACGCUUCAUUUUGAAGAUUAUACCGAUGCUGAACUCCUUGAAAUGUUGCAAUAUCAGAUCCAUAAAUUUUAUCCAUCUCCGAUGAUGAUAGAAGAUGGCCAAGAUGGACUUUACAUGCAAAUUGCGGUGCAAAGACUAGGUAGGGGAAGAGGCAGAGAGGGUUUCGGAAAUGCGCGAGCUCUAGAGAAUAUGUUUGCGAGGAUUCGUGAACGUCAAGCAGAUCGCUUGACAGAAGAGCGCAGGGAUGGUCUGGGUCCAGACGACCAUCUUAUCACCAAGGAAGACCUGAUAGGACCAGACCCAUCUCAAGCAAUUUUGAAGUGCAAGGCAUGGGAUGAGCUUCAAAGUCUUACUGGUCUGAAAUCUGUCAAGGACUCCGUAAACUUCAUGAUCGAUGUUAUCAAAGCGAACUACGAACGGGAGCUGAAACAGAGACCAAUCAUUCAGGUGUCAUUGAACCGUGUAUUCCUUGGCUCUCCGGGUACUGGUAAAACAACAGUGGCCAAACUAUAUGGCCGCAUUCUUUCAGAUCUGGGGAUACUGAGCAAUGGAGAAGUGGUUACGAAAAAUCCGGCCGAUUUCAUAGGCAGCCAUAUAGGACAAUCGGAAGAAAACACAAAGAAUAUUCUUGCUACUACAAUUGGGAAAGUCCUCAUCAUAGACGAAGCAUACAUGCUUUAUCCUAGCUCCAAGGGUAGUCAUGGUGGACAUGGCGGCUCUGACAUCUUUAGAACAGCAGUGAUAGACACGAUCGUUGCCGAAAUACAGAGCGUACCUGGUGAUGAUCGAUGUGUGUUGCUUCUAGGCUACGAAGACAAAAUGAGUGAGAUGUUUCAAAAUGUGAACCCAGGCUUGACGAGACGUUUCCCUCUUGCAGAUGGCUUUCAAUUCGCCGACUUCAAUGACCAAGAGCUCGAGGAAAUUCUACAACAAAAGCUGAGUGUAUAUGGGCUCGAAGCAACUCAAAAAGCAGUAUCUGUUGCCAUAGAUUUACUCGCACGAGCCCGAAACGGGCUUAAUUUUGGAAACGGGGGUGAUGUGGAGAAUUUGAUAUCCAAGGCAAAGAAAAACUAUCUAUCUCGACAGUCAAAAUUGCCCAUUGCUCAACGAUCGAUUGAUUUCUUGUUUGAGCCAGAAGACUUUGAUCCAGAUUUUGAUCGAGCAUCUGGUGCGGAGACAAAUCUAAAAGAUCUUUUCAAAGAUGUCAUAGGAUGCGAUACUAUCAUUGCGAAGCUGGAUGGAUAUGUGAAAGUGGCAAAAGGCAUGAGAAAUCUGGGGAAAGAUCCUCGGUCACAAAUUCCAAUGAAUUUUAUAUUUAAAGGCCCUCCAGGAACUGGGAAGACUACAACAGCACGAAAAAUUGGUCAAGUUUACUACGAUUUAGGGUUUCUGUCAGAGGUAAAAGUUGUUGAAUGUUCCGCAUCAGACCUUGUUGGUCAAUAUGUUGGGGAUACUGGCCCCAAAACAAUUAAACAACUUGAGCUUGGCCUAGGGAAAGUUCUCUUCAUCGACGAAGCAUAUCGACUUGGGCAAGGACACUUCUCUCAAGAAGCUAUUGAUGAAUUGGUUGAUUCCAUGACUAAACCGAAGUUUUCCGGUAAAAUGAUUAUAAUUCUUGCAGGCUACGAAAAAGAUAUGAAUACGCUGCUUACAAAAAAUGAAGGCUUGAAUAGCCGAUUCGCUGAUGAGAUAAACUUUCCGGCUCUUAGCCCCAAAGAUUCUCUUCUCGUUCUACAAAAUGCCUUGGAAAAGGAAAAUAUCUCCAUCGAUGGGUUGAAAGAUAUAACCGAUCACCAACCUUUCUUGGAAUUGAUAGCAGAACUCUCUAAAUUGCCUGCUUGGGGCAACGCAAGAGAUAUGAUCACACUCGCUAAGAGCAUGACACGUGCAUUCUACCAAUCUGCCACGAAUACUUCGUCUAAUAAUCCCAAUAUCAAUCUAUCAUACGAUGAUGCCAUGGCUUCUAUUCAAGCUAUGAUUAAUAGCAAGAAAGAUAGGGCUUUUGUGCAAGGACAACCAAGGGGUAAUUCGUCGAAAAAUCUACCAGUCAUGAGCAAUAUUCAACAACCGCCUACACCGCCUUCAACUUCUGUUAAUACUUCUACCUCGACUAAGAAUGCAUCCAAUAAAAAAGAUGAUGACAAGCCUCCCAAGCCCUUGUUCGAAGAUGACGAACUGGAUGACGACGAUGGUCGUGAUACUGGGGUUUCCGACGCAGUAUGGACUCAACUACAGCGGGACAAAAAGGCUGCCGAAAAAGAAGCCCAACGCUACGCCGACGAAAUGCGCAAGAAGCAAGAAGAGAUACAAGCACUUCAAGAAGCCGAGCGAAAGGCUAGAGAGGAAAUGAUGCGAGAAAUCCAAGCAAGGAACGAAGCCGAACGUCAAGAGCAACUUCGCUUGCGCGAGGAAGCGCGACUUCGUGAAUUGAAAGCUAAGGCCGAGAGAGAACGCCUUGAGCAGGAACGAGAACGCAUAAGAUUGGAAGAGGAACAGAGAAGAAAAAAAGAGGCUCAAGCACAGGCAAAAUUGAGAAAUCUGGGGGUUUGCGUCAUGGGGUAUCAGUGGAUUAAACAAGCUGGUGGGUAUAGGUGUGCCGGGGGAAGCCAUUUUGUAUCGGACUCUCAAUUGGGGAUGUGAGGACAUGAAUGAGAUGGCGGAAGUGAAGCUCUCUUUUCUUAGGCUUGUAGGUUUUGAAUAUGGGUUUAUCUACUUAAGUACUUGUUGUUUCUUGACUUUCAAUUUUAACGGGACAUCCGAUACCAUGUCAUCCACCAUCCA